AAUAGCGGGUUAAUUAGUCCACUCAGACAUUUGUUUGUGUUACAUCUGAAUGUAUUAUUUCCAAGGGACUGUUGUCCUGUUAGUUUUAACUUUAAUUUCUCUCUUGGCAUUGCAAGCGCACAUUCCCAGCUCGUGUGAGGGUUAGAUCGCCCGGGUAGAGCAGGUCAGCUUGCAGCCGGGGUACCGGAGCGGCAGUAAUGAAAGCAGAUGGCGGAAUUCUUAGCGGGGCUGCAAAAAAAAAAUCUCUCACAACCGUCCCCAAUUUGUCUUCAGUGCUUUUCACAUGUUGCUCCAUGUGAUGCGGGCAAUUAAUGCACGCCUUGUCAUGAAUGAAAGAUAGGUGGCCACACCUUCACACACGGACCUCCAAAAAUCCAUGAUCAAUUAAAGAAAUGCCAUGCAGAUUAGCUUUGUAAGGACCUAACUCCACUCGUUCAGAAAUUUUAACUGAGCUCCCACAGAAAAAGAAACUUGUCCGAACAGUUUCCAUUUCGUUUGCAAAGAGGUCUCAGUUGAACAUGGACUCAGUAAUUGAAAGACGGAAAAAUCGGGAUUAUGCGUUUUAUGAUUUUCUGCAAAUAAAUAUAUAAAUAAACAAAUAACUAGACAGCCAGCGCAGGACACUAUGAUGUCGUACAUGAGAACCCUGCUCGUGUUCGCCGUCCUGUGCGCUCCAACGUCCAGCCUCUGCUUCAGGCUCUACGAGAGCGAGUCGAACUUCCUGUGUAACAACGAGAUUCUCUCCGGAGCCAAGAAGAGCCAGCUCCCGAGCGAUUCGUUACCGGACGAGCUGGGCUUCCUCUCCCUGCCCGAGGACGACCUGUCCUCCGCGGAAACGCGCGAGAAAAGGACAUUCCCUGCCUCCAGAUACAAGUACCUCUCCCAGACGCAGCUGAGGGGGAAGAUGUACCAGAACAGCGCGAAGAGUGACCGACGGAGCAAGUUCACCCUCUCCCUCGACGUCCCCACCAACAUCAUGAACAUUCUCUUCAACAUCGCCAAAGCUAAGAACCUGCGCGCCAAAGCUGCUGACAACGCGCGUUUAAUGGCUCAGAUUGGCAAAAAGUAAAGACUUCUCUCUUUGCGUGCGGAGUAUUUUUUAUUGUCGAUCAAUUAAAUAAUUUCCAUUCGUUUGAAUCUAC